UCUGCUUUCAGCCACUGCUCCCAAGCCUGGCUCAGCCCGGCCCCUACCAUCCGCACCGCACAGCUGGGGCAGCUGCGUCUCCUCCGGUCCCGUGUGUGGCUUUGCCUGUGCAGCCGCCCCUGGAGCAAUGCAGCCCACCCUGCUCUUUUGGAUCACCUGCUUCCUCCUGGCCAGCCGGUGCCUGCCGCUGCUGCCCUGCCCCAGCCGGUGCCUGUGCUUUAAGAGCACCGUUCGCUGCAUGCACUUGAUGCUGGACCACAUUCCUCAGGUACCGCAGCAGACCACGGUCCUGGACUUGAGGUUUAACAGAAUAAGAGAAAUUCCAGAGAGUGCCUUCAAGAAACUGGAGAAUCUGAACACUCUUCUGCUGAACAACAAUCAAAUCAGGAAGAUUUCCAGGACCGCUUUUGAAGGACUUGAAAAUUUGAUCUCUCUGUACCUUUACAAGAAUGAAAUUCACACACUGGAUAAGCAAACAUUUAAGGGUCUCAUAUCCUUGCAACAGCUGUAUAUUCAUUCUAACCAACUAGAGACACUACAGCUGGAGACAUUUGGCGGCCUUCGGAAGUUAGAGCGACUAUUUUUGCACAACAACAGAUUAUCUAAAAUCCCAGCUGGGAGCUUUUCUCAUCUGGAUUCAUUAAAGAGGCUGCGUUUGGAUUUCAAUCCUCUGGUGUGCGACUGUGAUUUAAAGUGGCUGGGCGAAGUUUUACAAGACUAUGCCAAAAAUGGCCAAACUCAGGGGGCUGCUGUCUGUGAAUACCCCCGAAGACUCCAGGGGCGCUUGGUUGCUUCAGUAACAGUCGAGGAAUUUAACUGUGAAAGUCCCCGAAUUACCUUCGAGCCCCAAGAUGUGGAGGCAACAUCAGGAAAUACUGUGUACUUCACUUGCAGAGCUGAAGGAAACCCUAAACCCAAGAUUACCUGGAUACAUAAUAACCGUUCGCUGCCUGUGGAAGAUGACACUCGCCUUAACAUGUUUGAUGACGGGACACUCAUGAUCCAGAACACCAGAGAGUCAGACCAAGGUGUCUACCAGUGCAUGGCCAGAAACUCUGCUGGAGAAGCCAAGACGCAGAAUGCCAUUCUCAAAUACUCUGGCCCUCCAGCCAAACCCAGCUUUGUAAUCCAGCCCCAGGACACAGAGGUUUUAAUUGGCACCAGCACAACUCUGGAAUGCAUGGCCACGGGCCAACCUCACCCACACAUCACCUGGACCAGGAGCAGUGGAGAGUUCCUGGACAUAUCCAGACACGUGAUAACUUCAGGUGGACUUUAUUUACAGAACAUCACCCUGGGGGAUCAUGGUGGAUUUACCUGUCAUGCCAGCAAUAACCAAGGCUCUGUUCAAGCCACAGCAAACAUAAUUGUACAAGCUCCGCCACAAUUUACUGUAAGCCCCCGGGAUCAAAUCGUCCUUGAGGAACAUGCUGUAGAAUUCCUUUGUGAAGCUGAAGGCCACCCACCUCCAGUAAUUGUCUGGACAAAAGCAGGAGGGCAAGUCCCUUUGGAGGGCCUGCGUACAGUUCUGUCCUCCGGCACUCUGAGGAUUGACCACGCUGCACAGCACCACCAAGGCCAAUACGAAUGUCAAGCAGUUAGUCCUUUGGGAGUGAAAAAAGUGUCUGUCCAUCUGACUGUGAAACCCAAAGCUCUGCCCGUGUUCACCCGACUUCCGCAGGACACCAGUGUGGCUGUAGGAAAGGAUGUAAAUAUUUCAUGUCAUGCUCAAGGAGAGCCGUGGCCCAUAAUUACAUGGAAUAGGGCAGGUGUCCAGAUCACCGAGAGUGGUAAAUUCCACAUCGACAGUGGAGGCAUGCUGACCAUUUAUGAUACAGGGCAAGCUGACCAAGGAAGAUAUGAAUGUGUGGCUCAGAACUCAUUUGGCCUCGUCGUGGCCAGUAUGUUUCUUACAGUCACUGUAAUACAGGGUAAGCAAGCUGGUGACGACAUUGCUGAAUCACCUGUUCUUGAUGUCGUGCAGACAGCUGACAGUGCAAUUAACGCCACAGGAAGACCUGCAUCUUCCCAAAAACCUCACACUGCCGGUGAUCUGUUGGCUCAGUUUCGUUAUGCGGGUGAUCCAUUCACCGCGGGGAUAGAGAGAGCAGGGCAGAUGUUUGAGGACAUGCUGCAGCUGAUCCAGGAACGCAUGAAACAGGGGCUCACUGUUGACCUGGAAGGCAGAGGCUUCCGCUACAACGACCUGGUGGCCCCGCGCUACGUUGGCAUCAUCGCCAACCUAUCCGGGUGCACAGCGCCCAGGCGUCUGCCCGACUGCUCCGACAUGUGCUUCCACCGGCGGUACCGGGCCCACGACGGGACGUGCAACAACCUGCGGCGGCCGCGCUCCGCGGGCCCGGCCUCCGCGUGCCGCGGGCCCUGCUUCCUGGCCGGGGACGCGCGCGCCAACCUGCACCCGGCCCUGACGGCCUUGCACACCCUGUGGUUCCGGGAGCACAACCGGCUGGCCGCGGAGCUGUCCGCGCUGAACCCGCACUGGGACGGAGACACCCUCUACCAGGAGGCCAGGAAGAUCGUGGGCGCAGAGCUGCAGCACAUCACCUACAGCCACUGGCUGCCCAAGGUCCUGGGGCCGCCCGGCGUGGAGAUGCUGGGGGAGUACCUGGGCUACGACCCGGGCGUGAACGCAGGCAUCACCAACUCCUUUGCCACGGCCGCCUUUCUUCAGUUUGAGCACGCGCUGCUCAACCCCGUUCUUUAUCGACUGAACGACACCUUCGGCGAAAUUCCCGAAGGCCACCUCCCACUCCACAAAGCUUUCUUUUCACCGUCCAGAAUAAUCAAGGAGGGUGGGAUCGAUCCACUACUGCGAGGGCUCUUCGGCGUGGCUGCUGAUUUGCGGGUACCCUCCCCGCUCCCCAGCCUGGAGCUGACCGACCAGUGGUUCUCCAGCGCUCGCGCGGUGGUCGUGGAUUUCGCUGCCACCAGCAUUCAGAGGGGCCGAGACCACGGGAUCCCGCCCUACGUGGACUUCAGAGUUUUCUGCAAUCUAACUUCCGCUGAGAGCUUUGAGGAUCUUCAAAAUGAAAUUAAAGAUUUAAGGAUUAGACAAAAACUGAAAAAGUUGUACGGCACACCCAGAGACAUUGACUUAUGGCCCGGGCUUAUGGUUGAAGACCCGAUCCCUGGUACAAGAGUGGGACCCACGCUUAUGUGCCUGCUUGUUACCCAGUUUAAGCGGCUCAGAGAUGGAGACAGGUUCUGGUAUAAAAACCCUGGAGUGUUUACCCCUGCACAACUCACUCAGCUGAAGCAGGUGUCACUGGGCCGUGUGCUGUGUGACAACGGUGACAAUAUUCAGCAAGUCCAGGCAGACGUCUUUGUAAGGGCGCAGUACCCAAAGGACUACCUGAGCUGCACUGAGAUUCCAAAGAUGGACCUGCGAGUGUGGCAAGACUGCUGUGAAGGCUGCAGGAAUAGAGGACAGCGCAAAACACCCACACCGGAAUCGGAAAAGAGACAUUCUGCUGGAUACAGCUAUCUUGGCAAGAAAGAUAUGGACUUAAAUGAUCCUAUUAGUGGGCAAGAAGAUAACUUGGAUGUAAAAGAAGAUGCUAGCAAUGUGACGCUUCUGGCAAAAACAAAAUUCGCUCAGGAUUUCAGCAAUUUUGCAGUGGAAAUUAAAAAAACUAUCACAGCUCUCAGAGAGCAGAUAAACAAGCUGGAGGCACGCCUGAGGCAGGCAGGAUGCACGGAUGAUAAAGGGACGCAGAGGCAGGACCGAGAGCACUGGAUGAAAGGGGACUGUGUGCACUGUACCUGUGAGAGCGGCCAAGUCAUAUGCGUGGUGCAGAUGUGUCCACCAGCUCCAUGUCCUAGUCCUGAACUGGUGAACGGUACCUGUUGUCCAGUUUGCAAAGAACAAGGAAUGCAUGACGAUGCCAUAGAGGGGCAGUAGCAGUAUCUGCUCAAGUCCUUGAUGGGGGUCUUCUUAGGAAAAGACACUCAGGAUUCCUCACUUUUCACCAUAGAAUUUCCUUGAGAUGGAAACCACCGACUUAAGAGCAAACCAGUGCAUUGGAACUAUGGACAUAUUGAAGAUCUUUCAUCUUUUUGUUUCUUAGCCAGCCUUGAAAUAAUGCAAAACUAAAAAGACUAUAAAGGACAUAACAAUGAUUUUAAGAAAUAGUUCUAAUUAUAAGUCUUAGGUUUCGUAUGUCAUAUGUGGAGAUAAAAAUAUCAUAUAAUAUUUUACAAGUUUGACUAUUGAGGAUGUUUAAUAUCCAAAUUCAGAAUCUUCCAGGUGUCCUGGUGCAUGCUGGGAAUGACAGCACUCGGGAGGCUGAAGCAAGGGGAUUGUUGAGAGUUUGAGAUCAGACUGGGCUACAUAAAGACUUCAAGGCCAGUCUGCAUUAGAGUGAGACCCUGUCUCAAGAAAGAAUUUCAGAAUCUGUGGAAUUUGAGUUUUGCAUGCAAAGGAAACAUAUGGAGAGAUCUGUGAUAAAUCCGUAACAAUGUUGUGCUGUUUUCCCUCUGGCCUGUUUCUCUGAUCUUUGACCCCAUCGAUUUUCAAAUUUUGCUAAGGAGGUGCUUUUCUUAACUCUCCUUACUCUUUAAGUUCUGGAAUAUUAGGGAACAGUCAGUGAAAGAAUGUCACUUCUUAGUGAGCUUGUCAGUUUUUGCAUGUGGUUGGGAAAUGCAGACGUUGCGUGAGACAGAUUUCAAAGCAAAAUUGCUCAAAAUCUGCCUCUCUCUUACUUGUCAUUAUUGCCAUUUAUGAGAUGUCAGCAUUGAGAUACAGCCAAGCCUGAGAUCCAGAAGCAAUCUGAAUUUAUUAUCAGAAAAAUUGAAAGUGUUCUCACCUUCUACAAAAGAUGCUAUUAUGGGGCUUUUCUAAUUUUGACACUUUGUUACCACAUUUCAAGCUCAGUCCCAUAGACAGCAGGUUCAUUUAUAUUCAGAAUUCAGUUUUAAUACAUUUGGUGAUUUUCACUUAAUAUUAGAAAGUGCCUUGAAAAUAUGGCAUGAGAAUCUGUACCCUAUAUGGGGGUUGGGUGCAAUUUGGAGUAGAUUUUUGUAAAGAAUAUUCAGUGCCAAAACUCUACAUAUUGUAAUGCAAGACGCACCCUCACGGAGCUAGCUCUAGUGAUUGCCAAUGGCAAACUUUUAAAAGCAGAUAUAAUUUCCCAUUAUUUAAUGUUAUUGUACAAAAUGGUAUACUAGUUUUAUCUAAAUAUUAUUCUGGUUGUACUAUUCAUGGGUUUAAAAAACUAGAGUUUGAUAAAAGCAGUGUUUAGGAUGUGUUAUUGUCUAUAUCUAAUUUUUAAAUAUGUUAGUGCCUCCCUGGGAAGAUACAAAAUAUUUAGCAAAACAUUUGAAGGACAAAACUGAGUGAGUUUCCCUUCAUGUGUCAUGACCUUCUAAAAUCCAAACCAAGAUAUAUUAAGUUCUGAAAGGUAAAACCUAACACAUUCCAGAAGCUUGACAAUUGGUGGUCUUCUAAGACUCAACAUUGCGAAAUGAAAUUGAACUUUAUGGAACUCUAAGGUUUUUCAGAAACACUUAUAGCAAAUUCAUGGCAGAUGAUGAAUAGUGGUGAACUUUACAGCAUUUUUAUUCUCUUCUUAUCCAUUUUCAUUUUGUCAUCUUAUUGAAGAUUAAGGAAAAUUUAUGUCAUCAUUCAUAAUACUCUUUUAUACUCUGAACAUGUUAAUUUGCAUGUCACCCAAUUAAUAAGCCUGGCUCAUUAAACAUGCACAAAUAUCAAAAUAACACAAUGAAACAAUCAUUUAAAAUGGUAUUAGGCUGACUGAAGGAGAAUUUUGAAACUAGCCAUCAAUUGAGAGGACAACUUGACAAUUCAGUCAUCUAUAUAGAUAAAAUUAUAUUUUAAUCAUCAGGAUUACUUUUCUCCUCAUACAUUAUACUGUAAAAUGUUCAUUUGUCUCUCUAUAUGCAUAUAUUUAUGUAUGCAUAUACAUAUAUAUCAUAUAUAAAGAGUCCACCAAAAAUGUAUAUAUAUAUAUAUUUUAGGGAAAGAAAAACUUUAUAAAUAUUUUAAUCCAAAUUUAUUGAGACAUCAUGAGAGUAAUAUAACUUACCUUUGGUUUCUACAAUUACAAGAAGUGCUCAAAGUGGUGGCUAUUAGCUUCCAGAUACUUAUUGCUGUGGCAAACUGCUACUUGGGUAAUCUUGGUCAUUAAGAUUGAUGCACAUGCAUUUUCAACUUUUUAUCUAAGAGCUGGCAGUAUAGUGGAUUUUCCACAAUAUGAAAUAUCCUCUAGGGUUCCCCAUGUGAGCAUAACACCUCUGUUAAAAAACAUCAUACUAGUUUUCUUUUCUGAAAGUGUAUAUACAUUUUUUGGUGGACUCUGUACAUAUUUAUUUUUGUUUAUUUUUUUGCUUACUUUUCUUUUUAGUUGUAAGGAUUGAAUCGAGGUCCUCAUGCAUACUAAGCACAUGUUUUACCACUAAGUUGCACUCUCAGAUAUAUUUUUAAUGUUCUUUUCACAUUUGAAAGUCAUAUUGCACGUGUUAAAGAUUUCAGGUAUUUCCCUAUGAUAUGUAGACCCCUGCCUUCUACUUCUGUAGUCUGAAUGUGAUUGCUGUAUUAGUUUUCAGGUGGGUGUGUCUAUCUGUCUGUGAGUGUGCAUUCCAGGAAACAAAGACAUGACAACAUUUCUUUCCUAGUGAUUAUAUUUACUUUAUAUGAUACUUAAACCUUGAAAAUCCAAAUGUAUUUGUUAACAACAUUUUGAUACUCCUUAUCAGAGUAUGCUAGGAAAUAUCCUUGGGACAGCAUCUCAAGUUUAUUGUAUGUUACCCUUCUGAUCUGGGACCAAAGUGUUUAAUAUAUCAGGUGUCUUCUUUCAUAAGCACCUGUAUAAAGUGAAAGUGGAAACAUUCUUGGGCUCAUUCUUUUACAGAUUUCUUCUGAGAAAAAUAAAUGUCUUGAACCAGACUGUAUGGGACAGGGUGAGAAAGUACCCCUCUCUUUCCAGCACACCUUACUAUCUUUUCUAGGUCCCCUACACCCAUUGGCCAGAUCGUGCAUGGACAUGCGUGGUGUGAGGUUGAGGAGUGUAAGUGUAAAUGGUUGUAGUUUGUGGUUGGCAGCUGAGAAUAGAACACUUAGAAUAUUUACCUAACACAAUCUUUAAACACUCAGAGCAAAAAGCAACAUAUAAGAAAAUUGAGUUUUUAUGCUGAUUUGUUUACUUUCUAGAUCUGAAUGGUAGAGUAAGGAAAACUGGCUUAUCUGGAAAAGCCUCUGUCUGUCUGUCUAUCUCCUUCCUUUCUUCCUUCCUUCCUUCCUUCCUUCUUUUCUUUUUCUUUCUAAAAUAAAGUUGAAUUGUGAAGCUAAUAUGCACUCACUGGAUCAAUUUUACUAUAAAUAAUAUCACAGGGUCAGUGUCAUUUAUUAGAAGUUUUUGUUUCAAAUGGUAGUUAAUUAGUUACAUCAAGUUCAUGGACAAUUCACACAGAAAUAUUUAGUUGAAUGCUCUCUUUAUUUGAUUUCAUGAAG